AUAGUUGAUUGACGCACGCUUUUGUUGGCGCGUGUAUGCACAAAUGUGCAGCUUAGGGGGGAAAUACUACAGUUAAAUACACUAAAGCUUAUCUGGCAAUGGAGCUGGUGAACCAGAUGUUGGUGCAGUAUCCACAGCUGCUGUACGGUGGUGUCGGGGUCGCGGCGUGUCUCAGCGGCGGCGCGCUCAUUUACAAAAUCACGAACAGGAAGAAACCCACACAUGUGAAGGUGAACUGUUGGUUCUGUAAUCAGGACACAGAGGUUCCGUAUGGAAACAGGAACUGCUGGGACUGUCCUUACUGUGAGCAGUACAAUGGCUUCCAAGAGAAUGGUGACUAUAACAAACCGAUCCCGGCACAAUAUAUGGAGCACCUCAACCACGGCGUGUCGGCCGGUCUACCCGUGUCUGAAACCCCCAAGACUUUGCAGUGGGUAAACUGCCAAAUGCUGCUGUGUAAGAAAUGCAACAACAACCAGACAGUGAAGAUUAAACAACUGGCAUCAUUCACUCCCAGAGAGGAGGACAAUUAUGAUGAAGAGAUUGAGGUGUACAAGCAUCAUCUUGAGCAGACGUACAAAUUGUGCAGGCCGUGUCAGACUGCAGUGGAGUACUACAUCAAGCACCAGAACCGGCAGCUGAGGGCUCUGCUCCUUAACCACCAGCUCAGACGCAGCCGAGACGCAGACAAAGCCUUCAUCACGAGCUCCUACACCGUCUCCACUCCCGCUUGGCUCGUAAUGCUACGAGCCCUGGCUUUCCUCGCUUGUGCUUUCCUGGUCUCCUUGGCCGUGUACGGAUCUGGAGACGUAUCCUCCCCCUCCGACGGCUCUCACAUCCCGAAGGGUGGUGUCGCACCCCUCAAACACGCUCUCCAAAAUGACACAGACGCAAAGGUCAAUGACAGCAGCAGGGGCGGGCAGAUGUGGAGCGAUCUGGUGGGCCUUCUUCCAGAGGAGGCAGUAGAGAACGCUAAGCUGAUCUGGGAGUCUGGAAGCAACCAUCAGAUGGCUGUCGCUUCUGUCGGCCUUCUGACUUGCAUCACCGGUGUCCUAAUGGCAGGGCCUUUCAGAUUAAGGAGAAUUGACGCCUUCGCUUCUUUCCUCUGGCUCCUGGUGUUAUGCCUGUACUCUGUGGAGUUCUUCCUGAAGACGGACAUCCCCGAUUGGCUGGACGCAAUCAAGCUUGGCGCCACCUCCUUGUGUUGCUUGGUCGGAUUCGCCGCCGCCGUGGCCACGCGCAAGCCCACGAGUCAGAGAAGAUCCAGAGGCCGCAGGUAUCUGUCUGGCAGUUCUUUUGGGAUGUACUGCAGUGGUCAGUCCCCGGUGGUGUCUGGAUCGUCUUCUGCUUUCAUCCCCACUCCUCCUCCCAACCUGGCACAACUCCUCGCUCACCAACAAAGCCAGAAAACCCGUAGAGCAUCGCCCUCCUCGCUGCCAGGUCGUCUCAACAGAGCCCUCUCAUUGGGCACCAUGCCAUCCCUCGCCAGGCAAGAUUCUGGUUUCCUGUUCAGUGGAAGCAGGCCAUCAUCACAGUGCAAAGAUUCCCCACCUUCAGAUUAUUUCUCUCUGAAGUCAGGAAGUCGGCCCUCGUCCCCUGCUCCCUCCCCCACACCAUCCGUGGCAGGUUCAGUCACAUCCUCCUCCAGCUCAGCCAGGCAGCGGAGACCACUUAUCAGCCCAGCGCGACUCAACAUCGGCGGGCAGAAGCUUCAGCUUUUCUCCUCUCCUCUGGAAUCCAGGAGUAUUUCACCUCCACCGCCAUGCUUGUCAGAACCGAACUACUUCAAUAGUAGAGCUUUCAUGCCUGAUGUUCCUCACUUCCCCUCACACAAUCAUGACUUGGGUUCACUGUUCGAAGAUGGCAGCGUCUUUGAACACGUGGAGAACAAAAUGAGCAGCUCUUCAGGGUCAUCCAACUGCCAUGUGGACACAACCACAGGGAAUGAAAAUGACAGCAAAUCCAAAUGGCAAGGUUGUUUUGGCAGGUCCAUAUGGCCAGGUCUUUUGGUAACCAGCUUGACUGCCAACUUAACCUUCAUAUCGUUUUAUCUUUACUACAACUGGAGAUGAGAAUGGAGUUCAAACAUCAAGUUCACGAAUGUCUCCCCAAUGUGAUGUACACUGAGUUUAGGUGCUUUCAAACCUUUUUGGGCUGAAAUGACCUACAGAGAAUUUAUGCUACUUGGUAGCCGUUUUUGCUGCUUUGUCUUUUGCAUAUUCUGUGAACCAACAGGUCAGGUUUUCGAGAACACUUACUGGUAUCAAGUACCAAUUAAGUUCUGGUCACAAAUAGAAGAGAGCAUCCCAUCUUGCCCAAGACCAUAACAGAGCUUUUCUAAAUAUUUGCUCUUAGAAAAUGCUUUCAUAAAGAUGUCUGAAAUAAAGCAGCAUGUUGCGAUUAAUUAAAGAGAAUUAGCCUUUGUGGUUUAUCUUACCUGUGCAUUCAGCAGGCUACAUGAGGUGCUGUUGUGCUGUAUAACGACAUUUCUUUCUAUGAGUAAUACGAGUCUUUACGUGGAAUGCUGUAUGAUCGUGCUCCUACGUAUAUUUUCAGUAAAUACCUGUUGAAACAAUUUGGUAACAUCUCCAGUUCAAUACACGGAACAGUUCUGAACAUUGGGUGACUUUUACUGUACUUAUGUACGCUCCUAUACCAGCAAGUGUGUACACAGCUAUAUGUGUAGAUAUUUUGGACCUGGCAUUAAACUACACUACAUUUACACUUAAUUUCAUUGUGUAUUUAUCCGGUUUCAAUGGAAGUCUGAGUUGAGAUCAAUAGAUUAAGUUUAUUAGGCGUCUUAACGAAGGGACUUGAUUUGAAAGAACUUAAUCACUGUAUUGAGAUUCAAACUAUGAAGAAGUGCUGUACUUUGUCCUAUGGAAAUGCAGCAGGUUUUUCUUUUUAUUCAUCACUUCAUUGGGCACAGUUCAUGACAAAGACUUGAAGUUAUUUGGUGUGUAUGCAUUUAUACAGUGUGAAUGUGUAUAGUGAAUUUUACAUGACUAGUCAGGGGUAUGUUAAAACCAUAAAUACACUGUAUGUUAAUAAAGUAGUCCAACAAACCCUGCUUACAGUUUAUGUUGGUUACAUGAAUGGGACAUUUGCCUACUUUUGCAUGCUUUUUGAAUGUAUGUAUGUAAUAAAAGUAUGUUUGUGAUGUUCUGUUAUAUUAAUGGUCCCAAUUAUUUCUUAAUCAAUUUGUGAUUUUUUUUUUUUUUGUCUGUAAUUUUUAUUUAAA